CGUAAAGCGAAGACAUGAGUCGUAAAAAUUCAACAUGGCGGCCAUGGUGAAAGGACGCGGUAUUGCUUUUAUUAUGAGUAUACCUAAGUUGUUCCUGUCGAGAUCUCUGGUUCCAGCUGGGGCGUCUCAGCAGCUGUCCCGUCUCCACACCGGCACUUCACUGAACAGAAGUAACUGGGAGAGGAAAAACCUGAAGGUUUAUCCUCCGCAGCUGCCUGAUGAGCCUCGCAGACCAGCUGAGGUCCACCACAGCAGGAGGCAGAUCAAAUAUAGCCAUCAUAAGAUGUGGUAUUUGGCCAAACUGAUCCGGGGGAUGAGCAUCGARGAAGCUAUCGCACAGCUGGAAUUCAACGACAAGAAAGGAGCAAGAAUCGUGAAGGAGGUCCUUUUAGAAGCUCAGGAGAUGGCAGUGAAGGAACACAACGUGGAAUUUAAAUCCAACCUGUAUYUAGAGCAGUCGUUCUCUGCUAAAGGACAGUACCAGAAGAGGAUACGGUACCACGGUAAAGGCUAUUGCGCCAUCAUGAACUUAUCUUACUGCCACUACUUUGUCAAGCUGGUGGAGGGCCUGCCGCCUAAAGUGGAGGAGAGUACGAGCAUCGACAAGGCCAAAGAGUUCGUCCAGAAGCUGAAGAACCGAACCAUCGUCCACAGCCUGUAGACCAGACUCACUCUGUGCUCCUGUAUCGAUUUUUAUUUGUAAAUAAACUCUGAUAUGGCUUCAGGUGUGAGGAGGCUGUUGUUUAAA